UCGUUAUAUCACGCACACAUGCGUGGGCUACCGUCGUUGUCAAACGUGUGCCGCUUGUCAUAAUGUAUAAUAAGCUGUAAUUUCCGUGUUUUUUGUGAAAUAUACUUAAUUGUGAUAAAGAUUCAAAAUGAACGUCAUAGCGGCAUUGGCCAUUUCCAUGGUCUUCGUGGGAUGUUGUUCCAACGUAGUAUUUUUGGAGUUGGUGGUUAAAGAAGACCCAGGGGCGGGAAACUUGGCCACAUUCCUGCAAUUUGUAUUUAUAGCCGUUAUGGGAUUCUGUACUGUGGGCAAAUUUGGUACUGCAAAGAGAAACAUACCUUUCAAACAAUAUUUGAUGUUAGUCGGAUUUUUCUGGACUAGUAGCGUCGCCAACAACUAUGCAUUCGACUUUAAUAUUUCAAUGCCACUUCAUAUGAUAUUCCGAGCGGGAUCUUUAAUGGCGAACAUGGCUAUGGGUGUAUGGAUUCUUAAGAAGAGAUAUCCACCUUUAAAAUAUUUAGCAGUUUUCAUGAUAUCAGCAGGGAUUGCCAUUUGUACGAUCCAAUCCAGUGGCGACGUUAAAGCCCCGAGAGAAACUCACAAAGAUGCAGCCGAAGAAGAGAGACUACAGUUUAUAGAUUGGCUCUGGUGGUGUCUUGGGAUUGCCAUACUUACCUUCGCAUUAUUCGUGUCCGCAAGAAUGGGGAUAUUCCAGGAAUCUUUAUAUGCAAAGUAUGGGAAACAUCCAUGGGAAGCUCUUUAUUAUACCCAUUUAAUGCCUUUAGUUUUCUGGUUACCGACCGCUCAGAACUUAGUUGGUCAUGUAAAGAUCGCGACUGAGACGCCUAUGGUUGAAGUAUUCGGUAUUACUCUACCUAAACAAGUCCUAUGGCUGAUACUUUAUGUAGUGACCCAAGGACUUUGCAUUAGUGCCGUCUACGUUUUGACAACCGAGUGUGCGUCACUAACUGUCACUUUGACAGUUACGUUGAGGAAAUUUGUGUCGCUUUUGUUCUCUAUAAUGUACUUUAGGAAUCCAUUUACUUUGGGACAUUGGAUUGGUACUCUGCUUGUAUUUAUAGGGACUUUAAUUUUCACUGAAAUAUUACAGAAAUGUGUUGCCAUAUUCUUACCAGCGUCUGCGCCGGUUGAAAAGAAGAAGAAGAAAUAAAUUAGUGAUAAUUGUAUUGUAGAGAAAUUUGUCUAUGACAUUGUGAUUUUUUUAUUUAUAUACUUUUUUGUAUCGCUUGAAACUUUGCAUCUAAGGAGAAAUAUGAAGCAUAAUAUAAUUACGAAAGUCUUGGAAUUCGAAAAGACAAGGAAUCAAUUGAUUUUUACUAUGUAAAAUUAAUGGAACAAAUUAUGAACACCUAUUUUAAAAAAGAAUAUUUUUGUUCA